GUGAAACAGCAACCGGAAGUGCAGCGCGAGGCGGCGAGCAACUGGUGGCCACCACAAUGGAGGUCUUUGCCUGGGGUGCCAACUCUCACGGCCAGCUCGGCCUUGGCUUUGAAUCGGAGUUGUGCAUGACACCGCAGCGCCUCACCCGACACUCAUUUGCCCCCCAACUCGUGCGCUGCAUACGCGGCGGCGGUGGGCAUGUCCUCAUCCUGGACACAAAUGGACGGGUGCAUGCCUGCGGCUGGAAUAAUCGCGGGCAGCUGGGUCUGGAUUCGAUGGAGGAGUGCCACAAUGAGUUUCGAAUGAUUCCCACAGAGUACUUUGAGGAAGUUCCCAUUGAAACAGUCAGCUGCGGCUGGGACAUCUCUGGCGGCAUAACGCUGACCAAGCGACUAUUUGUCUGGGGCUCCAAUGCCUUCCAGCAGCUGGGCAUUUGUCAGCGUGGCUUCAUGGCCGUGCGUCGGCCCCUGCCCGUGCGUCUGCCCAAGGAGGAGCCCGCUGUGGCCAUCAGCUUUGGGUUGCGUCACUGUGCCGUGCUCACGCAAGACCACAAGAUCUAUGUGUUUGGGCGACUGCGCGUCAUGGACCCGCCGCCCAUCGAGCUGGACAUUACGGCCACCACGCUGCAUCGCUGCAACACAAUGAAGGUCCAGGUGCACAAUCCGAAGGAGCUGCGCAUCGUUGCCAUGUCCAGUGGCCAGCAUCACAUGCUGCUCAAGUGCGUGGACCUCAGCCAAGAGGGCGGCAGCACCAAGCGCAUACUGUCCCUGGGCGACAACAAGUUCGGACAGUCCAAUGCGUUUCUCUUCGAGGCGGAUGUGCGCCAGCUGGCCGUCGGCUGGACACACAAUGCGGCUGUGCUGCGAAACAACGAGAUCCUCAUGUGGGGUCGCAACUGCUACGGACAGCUGGGCACGGGUUCGAUCAGUGAGCAGCAGGCUGUGCCCAAGCCAUUGAGUCUUCAGCUGCCAGAGGGUCAGACGCCUGCGCGAGUGCACAUGGGUGCAGAGCAUGGACUGCUGCGUACCACAGCGGGUGAGGUGUACACCUGGGGCUGGAACGAGCACGGAAAUUGUGGCAACAACAGCACAGAGAAUGUUUGCAACCCUACGCUGGUGGAAUUGCCGGGCCCCGUGAAGUUGGCUGGAGCUGGCUCUGGCUUCUGUUAUGCCAUUUGCGAGUCGUCUGUUAACUAAUUUUAUAAUUAAAUGUUGUACAAAUGUUGAAAAUGCCUGCCAGCUAUU